GUGAAGUGCGUAGGUGAUGCUCGUUUUAUUAAAUAAGGAAAAUAAGUGAAUUAUUAGUGAAAUUACUUUGAAAAUGCUCAGAGCCCUCCUAUUAGCGACAACCCUAGUGCUCACCCAGCAGCAGCAGACACCCCUGUCGCCAUGUCCGAACGUGUUCAGCUACGAACCGCCCGGCACGGAACCCGGCCGGUGGUACGGAGUGGUCAAUCUAUCCACGGACAGCAUACUACACUCUGUGUGGAUCAAUAUUGUACUCGACAGCAAGGCGGACAUACUUGGAAACUGGGUCGGUGACGUAACAACCACAGACAACACAGACUUCAAAAUAGAAAACACAAAGAUGAAGAUCCACCCCGGUCCCGCGACCGCCGUGCGAUUUUUCGUCCAAUACAACCCCUUGAACAAGGCCCCAAAGUUGCAGGCCAUACGGCUGAAUGGGAGGGAGAUAUGCAAUGCUAACAACCCUCAGCCGGCGAUAGAUCGCCCUGAUGAGAGGAGGACUACAACCAGGCCUUUAAGGCCAGACGAUACUCAAUCCAGACCAGUAUCAAGGCCAGAUGAUUCGCUCAGGCCAGGGUUAAGGCCGGAUGAUACGGGCAGGCCAGGGUUGAGGCCCGAUGAUAUUCCUCAGGCCAAGCCAGUACAAGGGCAACAGACAGGGGCGGGUCCGGUGUAUUCGUCAACGCAGGGACCACCGCAGAAUCCGGUUAAUCUUAACAUCGGUGGUGGCCAAAUCCCAGCCCAGAGCGUUGGUACCCAAACCGGCUUCGGCACCAAUACCGGUACCAGCUUCGGUACCAAUACCGGUACCAACUUCGGUAGCGAUACCAGCAGCUUCGGUACCAAUACCGGUAGUAGCAGCUUUGGUACUCAGACCGGUAGCAGCUUCAAUGAUGACAGGAGGAGACCGGACAACGGGUACCGGUUAACGACGGCGGUACCGAUGCGUACCACGACGACUAGUAGAUACGACGAUGAUGAUGAAGGGAACGACUAUUUCUCCGGCGGCCAACCUACGUUCAUCGUCCCUAGCAGACCUAACAAUAAUAACAACAACUUUAACAACAACAACAACAGGCAACAGGCAGAAUGUGGCAAAGUGGUGAGAAACAACCCAAACCCGUUGGUGGUGAACGGUCGCCCCACCCUGGAGGGACAGUGGCCGUGGCAGAUAGCUUUAUACCAAACACAGACUGUGGACAACAAGUACAUUUGCGGUGGAACCCUGGUAUCUCGAAGCCACGUGAUCACAGCGGCCCACUGCGUUACUCGCAAGGGUUCCAGUCGAGUCGUCAACCAGAACACACUCACUGUGUACCUGGGGAAGCAUAACCUUAGGACGUCGGUGGAAGGCGUGCAAAUUAAACUGGUAUCCGAGAUUAGAGUCCACCCUCAAUAUAACGCGUCUUCCUACAGCCGGGACGCGAGCGUUCUGAAACUCAGGGAACGAGUUACCUACAGCGACUUCGUUCGUCCAGCGUGUUUGUGGCCGGACAAUGAAGUGGACCUGACGAAUGUCAUAGGGAAGAAGGGAUCGGUGGUCGGUUGGGGCUUCGAUGACAAAGGGGUAGCGACCGAAGAGCUGACCCUAGUGGAAAUGCCCGUGGUAGACCAGGAGACCUGUAUAAGGUCUUAUAGCGAGUUCUUCGCUCGCUUUACUUCGGACUACACAUACUGUGCAGGCUACAAAGAUGGAGCCGUCGAUAAAAGAACAGGCACUAGGAAAAGUAGUUCAGUAUGCAACGGCGACAGCGGCGGUGGCAUGGUGUUUCUAAUGCGCAACUCUUGGUACCUGCGUGGUCUGGUCUCAUUGUCUGUGGCGCGACAGAACGAAUACCGGUGCGACCCGACGCACUACGUCGUGUUCACGGACUUGGCUAAGUUCCUGCCGUGGAUACACCAGAAUAUCAGCGAUGAAUAAACGUUAACUUUUUGGGCCAUUUUUUUUUUUUCAAAGUUGUCCACCCGACAUUUUUUGUAUUUGGAAUUUUUUAUGUGAUUUACACUCCGUAUCGCGAGCUCUUU